UUUCUUUUGACAUUUGCACACGACUUUCAAUUCUUUUGAUCUCUCUCUCUCUCUCUCGUUGGGAAAUUUAGUGGCAACAGUUGUAUAAUCAAUUAGCCAUAGUAUCAAGUCAUAACCCAUCAAUUCAUCACAUCAUAACUUCCAUCAACAUCAUAUCCCGACCAUGCCAUUACAAAAGUUAUCUGAAGAAUUGUACAAAGCAUUCGAUCAAGGCGAUUACACCCAAUGUCAAAAGAUCUUACCCCCAAUUCGGAUUGAAUUAAUUAAACAUAACUUAUUAGUACCAUUAUUAAAUGAUAAUACCAAUAAAAAUAAGAUUAAUGAUUUAAGAAUCAGUCAAAGGAUUCUUGAGAUUGGUGUUUUAAGUUCAUUAUUAUCUCAUAACUAUACCAAUUUUGAAAAUUAUUUCUCUCAAUUGAAACCAUUUUAUUUAAAUAAGAAAUUAUAUCAUAAACAUGAAUUAAAUACUGAUACUACUAAGAUUAUAUCGUUAAAUCUUUUAUAUUUAUUAUCAAAGGGGUUGAUUUCUAAAUUCCAUAUUGAAUUGGAAAUCAUUUAUAAUUCAAAUCAAUAUAAUAUCGAUCAAGAUAAAUAUUUACAAUUUCCUAUCAAUUUAGAACGAAAUUUAAUGGAAGGUAAUUAUAUUAAGAUUUGGAAAUUAUUAAAUCAAACUACUAAUUUACCAUGUUUUGAAUAUGAACAUUUCAUAGAUACUUUGAUUCAUGCUUUAAGAUUUGAAAUUUCAAAAUCAAUUGAAAAGACUUAUAAAUUCUUACCUAUUAAUAAUUGUAAAAAUUUAUUAUAUUUCCCUCAAGAACAAUCAGAUAGUCAAUUUGAAAAAGAAUUAUUAGAAGAAUUCAAUAUAAAUAAUUGGAGAUUUGAAAAUGGUAAUAUUUACUUUGAUCAAAUAGAAGAAGAUGAAGAUUUAGAUUUAGAUUCAGGUAAUGAACCAAUAAAGGAAAAUCCAAUUAUUAAAAAUGUAUUGAAUUACUCAGAACAAAUUGAAUCCAUCGUAUAGAUCUCAUUAUGUAUUAAUAAACAAC